AUGGCGGCGAAGGAAAGUUUCUCAAUCGACGGGUGUGUACAAAAAGUGUUAGGCAAGUUGAAAAAGUUUGGUAUAAACAAGUUAUCGGUUUGUCAGAGCAAGGCUUUACGAUUUUUUUUGUCCGGUUAUGAUACAUUUGCCGUGCUUCCAACUGGACACGGCAAGUCGUUGAUUUACCAAAUGGCUGCUUUGAUAUCCAAGGAAAAACAAGCAGAUCCGGUGAUUUUUGUUGUUUCUCCUCUGAAUGCUCUAAUAAGAGACCAGAUAAAAGAAUGCGAAAAGUUGGAAUUAACAUGUGCAAAGUUGGAAGCUGGAAAUAUUGAAUCGUUUAGAAAGGACUGCAAAUGUGACGUUAUUUUCGCCAGUGCUGAGGUUAUGGAGAUUCAUAGUGCUCGCUUGUUAAUGGAAGAGCUCGGAACACGAGUAAUUGGCAUUGUUGUUGAUGAAUCUCACUGUGUUGUUAAAUGGUAAGCAUGCUAUAUUUUAAUACAUAGGUCAUUAAGGUUACCUCUGCUCGCAGGGUAACAGAAGGUAAGCUUGUGCUGGUCAAUUAAUCAAUGUAUCAGUUAACUUCUUACGGAGACCCGAAGUUUGGAUUUUUAGUAGCCCAAUUUAAGGAAGUGGACUUGUGCUAAGUAAAGAACUGUUUUGUAAAAUUUUAAAGAUGGGAAAUUAAAUAAAAGUGAGGUCUAUCCACAUCUGUUAUUGUUGUCGUUUUUGUUCUCAUGUUCGCCAGCAGAUUUCGUACUGUUUUUAUACCAUAAAGUGUCCACAUACAUAAGCUUAUGUAUGUAAACAGAGCAACUUAUUAUAUAAAACUAAGGAGUGGCUGGUAAAGGAUAUUUUAAAAGAAAUUGAUUUUCACGACACUAUAGUUCCUGAGAAAGGAGAAGUCAUUCGGACGGUAAUCAUUCGGACCAGGUUUUGAUAUUUUUUCUUGAUCGUUAUUAUUGGUUAGCAUGCAUGUACUGGUUCAAAUGUAAUAAACUCAUUGGUAUGCCUCUUAAGUUUUCAGAAUUGGGUAAAAACCUGCAUGUAAAAAACUACUAUUUUUAAGCCUGGCAAUAAAGAUUCUUUGCAAGGUCCAUGAGGGUGUUAAAGUAUCCUGGAUAAACUAUGAUAUGUGACACGAGAGAACGGAUAGAUGAACACAACCUUUUAAUACACACAAGUAGCAAGAUGGCGGGCCCAAAGAGACACCAAACUCGGGCCCAGUCCCUGACAUAAAGCAUACUAUAACAUCCCUCCUACUGUACAAAAAGGAAUUGAACAAGAGUCCUUAAAGGUAAUCAGUUCUUAAAAGUCAAGAGUAAAAAUCCACUAUUCCGCAAGGUGGGAAGUCCUUGGUAAAGUCUCAACAAAUCCUGGCAACAUAUGGUGUGCAUCAAAAGUCACUGCACUAAAUCCUAAAUUGGUAUAACAAUGGAGUACGCGUGGUAAGUGUGAACUUGAACAAACGAACUGGUAUAGGCGCUCAACUCCUAAAACAAAAGGUUCUAUUCAGUAAAACGAGCAGGUCUUAUAAUUGUACGCCCACUCCUGGUCCGAUAGGUCCCAGGGUUCGCACUAGCACCGGGGGAUCCAGGGGUGAGACCAACAUCUCUUGUAGGACUGGACACAACGGUGUGCGGUGCCUUAGUAGACUUCGGAAUAUCAUGAGAGGGUUCAACAACAGGGUCAUCAGACUCGGUGAUUGCAGGCUCAUCCUCAGAGCUAAUCACAGGUUGACCCGUGUUUGCCGGGCGAAGGUGGCGCCUGUUACGGCGAAGGAUUGAACCAGAUUGGGUUUUCACUUCAUAUGACCGCGGCUCAGGUCUUGUGCAACUCACAGUUCCUGGUAACCACUUCUUUGAAGCUUGGUCCUGUAUGCGUACAGGUUGCCCUGUUGUCAGGGGACUUAGAUCAUGCGCAUUCCGGUCAUAGUAGUGUUUCAUGGACUGCUGACGUUCUGUCAGGCGCUGGGCGACUUUGUCCCUGUCAGGUAUUCGAUUGUCCACUCUGACCGGAAGAUUUGCUUGAAGUUUACGCUGAUACAGUAAUUCAGCAGGGGACGGAAGCUGUGAAUCAAUCGGAGUAGAUCUAAGACAGAGCAUUGACAUGUAAGGGUCCUCUCCAGAUUUUACAGCCUUGUCUAAAGUGUUUUUAACAGUCUGGACUUGUCGCUCAAUAAACCCAUUGGACUGUGGGUAUCUGGGGCUGGACGUUAUGUGUUGGAAGCCCCAUUCGUUAGAGAACUGCUUGUAGCUUUGACAGUCAUAUUGUGGACCAUUGUCCGAAAUUAUGACUUUCGGUACACCUUGUUCUGACAUCACGCACUUUGUAAGCCUUACAACUGUUUGUCCAGUGGAUUGUCCACUUGGUAUUUUCUUGAUGAUGGGGAACUUGGAGUAAUAAUCACACAUAAGCAGAUAUUCGUCCCCAUGCCAUGUGAAUAGAUCAGUACCAACUACUUGCCAUGGUCUAGUAGGUACUUCAUGUGGUUCCAGUGUUUCUUUGGUUUGUGUGGUUUGGCUUUCUUGACAAAUUUCACACUUCUGGACUUUAGCUUCAAUGUCCUUGUUAAUAUUGGGCCAAAAUACACAGGAUUUUGCUCGUAGCUGACACUUCGCAACACCUUGGUGAGCCUGAUGUAUCUUCUCUAAGAUAUCAUCUCUUUGUGAUUCCGGAAUAAUCACUCUUUCUCCCUUGAGUACUAGACCGUUUUCAAUAGAUAACUCGUCACGGUAGGCCCAGAACUUCCUCAAUGGCACUGGAACUUGUUUCUGUUUUUCAGGCCAGCCAGAGUAGAUAAUUUCUCGUAGGGCUGAAAGUUCAGGAUCACAGGACGUGUCUCGCCUCAAGGCAUUCAACUUAUCAUCAGAGAAUCGCACUAGGCAUACUUUCUGAAGGUCCAGUGACUCUUCAUUUGGUAGAGGGUUUAGUCUUGACAUUGGGUCAGCAAGAAGCAUUUCUGUGCCAGGUUUGUACUUGAUAGUGAAGUCAUAUCCUUGUAUUCUGAGUAACAUUCUCUGGAGUCUUGGAGGAGCAGCUGUAAGAUUCUUCAAAUGAAUCAUCUCAAGAGGUUUGUGAUCUGACUCAACCAUGAACCUCUUGCCAAACAAGUAGGAGUGAAAUUUCUCUCAAGCAACAACAACAACAGCAAGCAUCUCACGCUCAAUAUUUGCAUAUCGUUUUUCCGUGUCCGUGAGUGCUCUAGAUGCGAAAGCAACAACCUUGCCUUCUUGCACUAACGCACUCCCGAGUCCCCUAAGGGAGGCAUCAACCUGGAGGAUUGUGUCCUUCUUAGGAUCAAAAUACGUAAGGGAGACUUGACGGCAGAUUGACUGCUUGAUUUUCUCAAAAGCUGUACUGUGGGAAGGAGACCAGUGGAAGUCACUGCCUUUCUUAAGCAAGUUCCUCAGAGGCUCAGACAGGGCAGACAGAUUUGGAAUGAAAGGGGCCAUGUAUGUUGCUAUACCAAGGAAAGACUGGAGUUCUUGGGCAUCCUGUGGGACCUGGAUGGCUCGGAUAGCUUCCACCUUUUCUGGGUCAGGGUGCACUCCUUCAGUAUCAAAUAACAUUCCAAAGAAUGUUAUCAGUUCUUCUUUAAUAAUACAUUUGUCUAGGUUGAAGACAAGUCCAUGCUCCCGCGCGACUAGCAUCAGGUUGUGCAAAUUGGCAUCAUGUUCUUCCUCGGUAGGACCAUGAACUGCAAUGUCGUCAGCAAUGCCAACUGUUCCUGGGCAUUUCUCAAGGAUAAAAUCCAUCUUCUGUUGGAAAAUAUCCUGACUAACACAGAGUCCAAAGGGAAGACGAGUAAAUCUAAAUCUACCAAACGGGCUGUUAAAGGUGGUAAGGUAAGAGGAUUCUUUAUCGAGCACUACGGACCAAUAACCAUGACGGGCAUCCAGUUUUGAAAAUACUGUGCUUCCUUUGAACUUGUGGGUGAUUUCCUCUAGGGUAGGUGUAUGAUGAUGGCUUCUCUUGACAGCUUGGUUAAGAUCUUUAGGGUCAAGGCAUACGCGCCAUCGUCCAUUUGACUUUUGGGAGUAAGCCACACUUGAAACCCAGUCUGUGGGCUCGGUCACAGGUUUAAUGACUCCAAGAUGGACCAUUUCAUCAAGCUCCCUUUUAAUAUCAUCCUUGAUGUGUAUUGGGCACUUCCGUGGUGCAUGAACUACAGGUGGCACAUCCGGGUCAGUGACAAUGUGGUAUUCCCCUUCAAAUUUACCAAUGCCAUCAAAACGGUCAGGGUACAAAGCUUGGAGGUCACCUUUAUCCUUAACUGCUGGGAGGGCACUUUGCUAGAACAUGUGCCUACUGCACAGUGUAACUCCACCAGGUUAAGUUGGCAACAGGUGGGUAGGCCACAAAUAGCGGGGCCGGUGACAUCAGCAACAUAAAACAUUGCAUCAGUUGCUUUGUCACCAUAAGAGCACCUGAUAGAACAUACUCCAUGCUGGGGUAUUUGGGUGCCAUUGUAUGCAGUCAGUUUGGUCUGACUCGGUGUUGUCUCCGUGGGAAGGCCAUUUUCACCCACAUGGUGUGGAAACAUGUUCCGAUAAAUUCGCAAAGGCAGAAUAUUUCCCUGGGCGCCAGUAUCUACUUUCACUUUGAGCACAGGGUUAGGAUGAUCAACAUUAGGCAACUUUACUUGGAGCUUUGCAAAAGCUUCAUCUUUUACUGGAGUAACAUUGGAACUGUCAAUUUUAAUUGUCUCGAAACACAACUCAUCAGAGUCUGAAUUUGUCUCCUCAACUGUGUGUAUCUUGUUCUGACUUGACUUGGCGUGCGGUAUCCAGCCCCAGGCUGCUUCCGGAGUGAAGGUUUAGCUUUCCGAUCCUGUGCUUGUUUAUUUCUGCACACUUGUUCCCAGUGGUCCCACUGGUUACACUUUCUACACCUUGUACCUUGAGCUGGGCACUUUUUUUUCAUGGCUGAGACCACAUUUUCCACAUCUGAGGUUGGAAUUCUGUCUGAUAGCAUCUACGUUAGUGUCAUGAGAACGAGCGGGUGCUGACGCACCUUGUUGGUCAAGGGAUUUCAUAUCAUUUACCGUAGCUUCCCUUGUCCGGGCAAUGUCCAUGGCUUUGUCAAGCUUUAACUUAUCAUCUUUUCCUAAGAGGACUUCUUGUAUCUUUCUUUCGCGAGUACCAAUAAUUAAUUGCUCAAUUAACCGCUCCUCUAGUUCGGCGUCACUGAAUCGGCAUUUCUGGGCUUGUAUUUUGCACCUGGCCAUGAACGAAUCUACACUUUCAUCAUCAGCUUGUUUGAAGCCUUGUAGUUGGUAUCUUGCAAUCCGAAAAUUUGACUUAGGUUCCAGAUAUGUUGCAAACUUGUCAAAAAUUGCGUCAGGUUUCGCUUUCUCAUCAGCGGUCAAGUCAAAAGAGUUAAAGAUUUUCCGGCCCUCUUCGCCGAUCCAGAGCAGAAUAUAGGUUGCCUUGACUUUGUCCUCUUUCGCGUUCAAAGGCCCAUCAAAGACUAGCUGGCAAUAUUGUUUGAAGCUUUUAAAUGCCAUGGGUAAGUCAGAGUCAUUCCAUUCCAUCUGAGGCGGCUUAAUUCCCGAAAGCUCGCCCAUGUUUGUGAGAAAACUGUGUCGGCCGGUAGAAUUGCGAUGAUACUCGGCUGCACGCUACGAAUGGUUGACUUAGUAAUCCUGGUUCAUCGGGUUCACCUCAAUGUUUUAUGAGUCAAAACGUCACUCGGCGUGUAGAAUCAUCCCACUGCUGCCACCAUGUUAAAGUAUCCUGGAUAAACUAUGAUAUGUGACACGAGAGAACGGAUAGAUGAACACAACCUUUUAAUACACACAAGUAGCAAGAUGGCGGGCCCAAAGAGACACCAAACUCGGGCCCAGUCCCUGACAUAAAGCAUACUAUAACAGAGGGCAAUUACAGUCUUUAAUUUAAAUGAAACCUGUUUUUGUUGAAGGAUUAACAUAAUACUUUUAUUUCUAAUUACAGUUUGGUACAGUAUUUUCUUGUAUUUUAAAAGUCCCAUCCCAAAGUCAAAUAACGUGGGUAAAAUCAUAAUUUCAAUUUAAGUGUAACCCAUAAAUAAAAACCUGCUUGAUUUUGCUUGGCCAUAUAGGUUCUUUUGAUAAAUUUCUGGCAGCAAGUUCUUAUUCUAUUUUGGAAACUGAAAAUGAUGUUAAGAAAUACACUAUUUAAUUGUAACCCACUGCAGUCUGCAGUAACACAAUAUUAUUACAAUACCUCAAUAAUAAACAGUGAUUUGAAAAUGUUAAUAGAUUACAUAUAUAAUAUUUGCAAAUACAUUGUCUCUUAUGUAAUGAUGACAUGUAUCUCUUGCCACAUUUAGAAAGAAAUUGUCACACAUUGAUGAUAGACUAAACAAGCUUUGCCUUAGGUUUGAGUUAACCAUAUUCUGGAAAACUGGACAUACUAUAUUAACAAUACAAAUCUCCACACGUGAGACAAAAAAGUUUCUGAGGCAAGAAACUCAACAUUUUUUCUCCUUACAGGUAAGUAGCAUCAAAAACAUUAAAAAAAGUGAACAUUCUGUCUAACCUGUUAGGGAAAAGGUUUAGACCAUCAGAAAGUAUGGGAAAUCAGGGUGAAUUAUUUACAGUGUUCGACCAUAAAAGAAAAGAAAGUCAGUUAACAUGACAGUAUGUAACUAGUAUGUAACAUGACUUGCUUAUUAUCUCUAAUUUAGUCGAAAAUACUAUUAUUUAUAAAAGUAAGAUGUUAAUGUUAAGUAUUUGUUCAUAUAACCAUAACUAUUAUGCUGUACAAAAGAAAAUAUAUUAUUAGUGAUUCCAAUACCCGGCCUAACUUGAACCAACUGUUUUGCCUAUAAGGGGUGCCAAAGAUCAACCAUUUCGAAGUGCAUAUGGCAAAAUUGGUGAAUUACGAGGAUUUGCCCAAUGCCCGAUGCUUUGUUUGACUGCCACUGCAGGUGUGAAGACCAGGAAAGAAAUAUUAAAAGUGCUGCAUAUGAGGGAUACAAAAGUUGUGAAGCUAACCCCUGAUAAACCCAACUGUAGGUUUGCAGUUGAAAAGGUAUUUGAUAAUGAAAAACAACUUAAAUGUUUCCUAGAAGAACUGAAAGAGAAAAAGGAAAAAUUCCCGCGAACAAUUAUAUACUGCAGAUCAAUUGCAGUUUGUGGGGAAUUGUUUUCAUUGUUUAGACAAGAUUUGGAGGGUGUGGCCAAUAGCAUGUUUGCCAUGUACCAUUCUAAGACACCACCACAGAUUCAAGAAAAAGUUCUUGCUUCUUUAACUGACAUUGAUGGACUGAUAAGAUGUGUGUUUGCCACAAAUGCCUUAGGUUUGGGAGUGAAUUUUCCCAAUAUUAGAAGAGUAGUCCAUUAUGGAAUACCAAGAGAUAUGGAAGAAUAUGUCCAGGAGAUUGGCAGGGGAGGCAGAGACAAAGGGAAAUUUGAUGCUCUUGUUCUUUAUAAGCCUUACCAUUUAGCCCAUUGUGAUGACCAGAUGAAACGCUAUAUUCAAAACCCAGGAAAUAAGUGUCGCAGGGAAUUAAUUAUGGAGUUCUUCAAAGAGAAACCAGACAGUAAAUUGCCCUUUCUUCAUGACUGUUGUGACAUUUGUACUAAACGUUGUGAUUGUGAGAAGGUUGAGAUGCACUACAGAAUGAAUAAAUUCACUGAAGCCAGCAGCAACGUGGAAAACCCCUCUCUUGUGAGAUCAGUCAGUGAUGAUGACCGUGCCCUUCUGAAGGAGGUCCUCCUGGAAAAUUUGACUGGAUCCCAUGAGACCUCAAUUUUUGGGAUUGCUGGAGUAGUGAAUUCUUUGGACAAAACUACAGUGGAAAGUAUUGUUGAAAAAUGUCAAUUUGUAUUUAGCAUUGAUUAUAUUUUAGAUAAUUUUCCAAUUCUCAGUCAUGACCUUGCACAUAACAUAUUGGUCAUUGUCAAUGAAGUUUUUGGUGACAUACAGAAAGCAGUGGAAUCUUCGCAGUUGCAGUUGAGUGAAAUUGACUCUGAUUCUUUACUGGUGCAAGUUUCAGAUUGGUGUACUGAAUUCAGUGACACUGCAGAUUCUGAUGAUAGUGACUCAUGCAGUGAAGAUCCCAUUGACUGUUAA